CCCCCCUUUGAGAAUGGCCUAAAGGCACUUGAGUCUGUGACUGUUUCUUUCUGGCUAGAUCAAAGCAGAGGUCACCUAUCUCUUACACCUGGUUUACUGUUGUAUAGUUUUGUUGCUAUGGAAACUUUGUACACUCAGUGACUGUUUCCUUCUCCCUAGAUCAACGCCGAGGUCACCUAUCUCUUAUACCUGGUUUGCUGUUAUAUAGUUUCGUUGCUAUGGAUACAUUCUCCACUCAGUGACUGUUUCCUUCUCACUAGAUCAAAGCAGAGGUCACCUAUCUCUUAUACCUGGUUUAUUGUUGUAUCAUUUCGUUGCUAUGGAUACAUUCUCCACUCAGUGACUGUUUCCUUCUCCCUAGAUCAAAGCAGAGGUCACCUAUCUCUUAUACCUGGUUUGCUGUUAUAUAGUUUCGUUGCUAUGGAAACUUUGUACACUCAGUGACUGUUUCCUUCUCCCUAGAUGAACGCCGAGGUGACGUAUCCACGGGAGACUCUGCGAGCCUACUUCUACUUGCGCCAUGUGUCCAAGUGCUUGCGCUAUGUCGCCGCCGGGUUCUUCAAAGGUCACGUGUCUGAGGCCACCCUCUGCUCGCCCUUCCCGCUCAUCCCAGGCUACAAGAAUCUGUGCAACUUCUCUGACGUCACUUACGGCAACAGCUGGUACUGCGGCCGGCCCCGGAAGUUGGGUCUGACAUGCGCAGACUGGCACAGUGUGCGGGACAUGGAGUUCACGCGGCCCUUCGCCCUGAGCGACGUGGACAUGUCGCUGACCGAGCAACUCCGCAAGCCCCCGCUGCUCCGUCUGAUUCCCAGCACGGUCAUCCUUCACGUGGACAAAGGCACGCCCAUACGGCCCGAGAAAGCGUGUCCAGGGAAACACUUCCAGGACACCUGGCAACUGGACAGACCGCGGGGUUACUUCCUCCACAAGCAGUGGGUGCGCUCUGACUGCCGGCGACAGUGGCCGGACCCACCGACAGACGCGGCCUGUUUGACCAACACCACCAUCGUGUUCACGGGAGACUCCAACUUUCUCUCCUGGUUCGUCAUCCUCAAGUCGCGCCUGGGCUGCGAGCUGGUCAUCGAGCAGGGCACCACCACCUGGCACCGGCCUCGCUCGUGUGUCCGCGCAGACGUCAACUUCCACAUGUCCUGGAGGCUUCACGGCUUCCCCAACCACCCGGUGAGUGACCACUGGGCGCCCAGGUCGGACUUCCUUGAGGUCACUGACCAGCUGGACUCAGUGCCGGAUCGAGGGAGGUACGUGGUGGCCAUCCAUCUCUUCCUCCACUACUCCAUCCACCACUACAGCGUGCUGUACAGCAGACUACUGGCGGUGAGGAAGGCGGCGGAGUCGCUGCUCGACAGGAACCCGGACGCCCUGGUGAUGGUUCGUGGCCCCCACACGGCCUACUCCGGCUGGCCACCUGUGCUGGGGGGCGACAUGGCGGGCCCGCUCAUGCGGGAGCUCACGGUGAGGGCUUUCCGGGGCGUGCACGAGCGAGUGCUGUAUCUGGACUUCUGGGACAUGAGCACAGCCAGCGAGAACUCCGAGUUCCACCCAGAGCUCUACAUCAACGAGGCCAUGGUGCAGGUCUUUUUGGAUCACGUCUGCUCCAACAGCUGA